UUUCUUCUCAGCCAAUCGGAGGCCAGGAACUUCUUUCUGUGUCAGUAGGUGUGAUUUCUGAGGAGGAAGCGUCAUCGAACAGUUUAGAAAAGUUUUUAAGAAGAUGGCAGACACGACUGUGGAUGGAGGGGCGUGGACAGGAUGUGGGGUCCUAUUUCUGCAGUCGCUCUGCCCUGAUGUGGACCUGCUGUCCCUUUACAAGAACCAAAAUGGGAAGUUUAUUGUUUUCAAAGUCAUCAAACUGACACUUACAGAUUCUGCUGGAGGUCUGGGUGGCUACGAGAUCCUAAAGGUCCACGAUGCUGAACCCUUUCUCGGUGUGGAGGUGAAAUUUGUGAACAUGGCAGCAUGCAAGCAGUUUUUGGAUAGCUAUAGCUCUGGAGCUCUGCAUCAGUCCUUCUCCCAGCACGCCGGCCGGCUUUUUGCUGUGGCUCAAGAGUGCAGUGUUGAAACCCAGCUCAAGGCCAGCACAAACAUUCUGGAUCACUGUCUGGACAAGCUGGAGGUCUGCCUGCAGCACAUCCACCAAUCUCAGCCGGAACGCCUGCGCGAUGAAGAGAUCGAUCAGUUGGAGCAGCAGCUGCAGACUCAGGCUCUGGGAUCUGCCCCACAGCAAACCCCCCUCACACAGGAGGAGUCGUCUGUCCCGAGCAACUGCUUCAAGUUUCAGAAUAAAAUCAUUGAAGACCGAAUGCUGACUGCAGUAGACAUCCAGAGCUUCUCUAAUGGAGUGGGCCGUCAGUGGAGGCACGUAGGGAGAGCCCUGGGGAAGACCUGCCGCGCUCUUAAAGCCCCAGCCAUAGACAACCUGGCCUAUGAAUACGAGAGAGAAGGGUUGUAUGAGCAAGCCUAUCAGCUCCUCACCCGCUUCGUCCAGGCCGAGGGGAGGGCCGCCAAGCUGAGCAGACUGGUCAGAGCUUUGGAGGACUGCAAACUCACCAGCCUGGCUGAAAAUCUUUUAGAGAUCCAGCCUUGAGAGUAACUCCAAAUACGAGUCCUGAAAACUGUGGCGACAAUCAUCAAUGUAUGAUUGGAGUUUGGGGGGUGGGGUGGGGUGGGGUGGGGGGUGUCCUUCUUGCUUUUUAAAAAGUGUAAAGUCUGUCUUUCUCGCAUGUAAAAUGAUUCCACUGUGGGAUUACAUGUGAGUGUGUAUGUGAAUAUGUGUGUGAGCGCAUUUGUCACACUUGUUGUGUGAACACAUGCCUCUUCCCAUGAGAGCUGGUGAUUCAUAUCAGGGUUUGCAUAUCAGUUAUUAGUAUUAAUGAUAGUUGUUUUUCCUAAUAUGAAGUAAUCACUGUUAAAAGAAUAUACUGUUAAGAGUUGUGUGCACAGUUUGAAUGUCUGUGAUUUCUGUCGUAAGUCAAUCCUGUUGCAGCUUGUUUCUAGUGAAUGCAUCGCUGCAGCUUAUAGAUUUUUUUUUUACUAUAAAAUGUCUGCUUGCAUAUUAAAUGGUCACAAAAAAGGCUU